GAUUUACUGAUCUGUGCUGUGGCUGCGUUCAUACGAGGUCAGCAGCUCACAAAGACAGACCAGUCUGCAGCAUCCAGCUAUGUGCCUGUGAAGAGGAACCCAUCCAAAAUGGAUCCUAAAGAAUCCACAACUGAACCAGGACCUUCAGACUCAAACAGGAUCCCACAGAGACUGGGAAGUGGACCUGGAUCUGAACCCAGCCUUGCGCCCCACAAAAGUUACUAUUCAAAAGAUUUUAAUCCUGACUUCAAAGACAUCAGUCCAGGAGUGGAACACAGGAUCCAACAGAGACUGGGAAGUGGACCUGGAUCUGAACCCAGCCUUGUGUCCUUUAGAAGUGACAAGUCAAGAGAUUUUAAUCCUGACUUCAAAGACAUCAGUUCAGGAGUGGAACAAGGUCAGCAGUUCACAAAGACAGACCAGUCUGCAGCAUCCAGCUAUGUGCCUGUGAAGAGGAACCCAUCCAAAAUGGAUCCUAAAGAAUCCACAAUUGAACCAGGACCUUCAGACUCAAAGAGGAUCCAACAGAGACUGGGAAGUGGACCUGGAUCUGAACCCAGCCAUGCGUCCGACAGAAGUGACUAUUCAACAGAUUUUAAUCCUGACUUCAAAGACAUCAGUUCAGGAGUGGAACAGAUCCCACAGAGACUGGGAAGUGGACCUGGAUCUGAACCCAGCCUUGCGUCCGACAGAAGUGACGAGUCAAAAGAUAAUAAUCCUGCCUUCGAAGACAGCAGUUCAGGAGUGGAACAAGUGGACCAGCAGAGCUCAGAGACUCCCAGUGGUCCAUCUGUCCAGCAGGAUCAAACACAGCUGGACUCCAUAUUUAUGCUGCUAGAGGACAACAUUGUCACUUUUGUGAAGAAGGAAUUGAAGAAGUUUGAAAAGCUUCUGAUUCAGAGAGAGGAUGAUGAGGAGUUGGAGGGUGAAGAUGAAGAACAGAAGAGCAGCAGAGAGUCACUGAUGAAGAUCACAGAGAACUUCCUGAGGAGAAUGAAGCAGGAGGAGCUGGCUGAUCGACUGCAGAACAGAUUUUCUGAGGAAGUUUGUCGACAUAAAGUUCAAUCUGGAGUGAAGAAGAAGUUCCAAUGUGUGUUUGAGGGAAUCACUAAAGCAGGAAACCCAACCCUUCUGAAUGAGAUCUACACAGAGCUCUACAUCACAGAGGGAGGAACUGGAGAGCUGAAUGAAGAACAUGAGGUCACACAGAUUGAAGCAGCAUCCAGGAAAGCAGACAGAGCAGAAACAAGCAUCAGACAAGAAGAGCUCUUUCAACUCCCAGCUGGAAGACAAGAACCAAUCAGAACCGUGAUGACAAAGGGAGUGGCUGGCAUCGGGAAAACAGUCUUAACACAGAAGUUCACUCUGGACUGGGCUGAAGGCAAAGCCAACAAGAACAUCCACUUCAUAUUUCCAUUCACUUUCAGAGAGCUGAAUGUGCUGAAAGAGGAGAAGUUCAACUUGGUUAAACUUGUUCAUCACUUCUUCCCUGAGACCAAAGAAGCAGGAAUCUGUAGCUUUGAAGACUUCCAGAUCAUCUUCAUCUUUGAUGGUCUGGAUGAGUGUCGACUUCCUCUGGACUUCAGCAAGACUCAGAUCCUAACUGACCCUAGAAAGUCCACCUCAGUGGGUGAUCUGCUGACAAACCUCAUCAGGGGGAACCUGCUUCCCUCUGCUCGCCUCUGGAUAACCACACGACCUGCAGCAGCCAAUCAGAUCCCUGCUGAGUGUGUUGACAUGGUGACAGAGGUCAGAGGAUUCAAUGAUCCACAGAAGGAGGAGUAUUUCAGGAAGAGAUUCAGAGAUGAAGAUCAGGCCAAACAGAUCAUCUCCCACAUCAAGAGAUCCCGAAGCCUCCACAUCAUGUGUCACAUCCCAGUCUUCUGCUGGAUCACUGCUACAGUUCUGGAGGAUCUGCUGAAGAGCAGAGAGGGAGGAGAGCUGCCCAAGAGCCUGACUGAGAUGUACAUCCACCUCCUGGUGGUUCAGGCCAAAGUCAAGAAGGUCAAGUAUGAUGGAGGAGCUGAGACAGAUCCUCACUGGACUCCAGAGAGCAGGAAGAUGAUGGAGUCUCUGGGAAAACUGGCUUUUGAGCAGCUGGAGGAAGGAAACCUGAUCUUCUAUGAAUCCGACCUGACAGAGUGUGGCAUCGAUAUCAGAGCAGCCUCAGUGUACUCAGGAGUGUUCACACAGAUCUUUAGAGAGGAGAGAGGACUGUACCAGAACAAGGUGUUCUGCUUCAUUCAUCUGAGUGUUCAGGAGUUUCUGGCUGCUCUUCAUGUCCACCUGACCUUCAUCAACUCUGGAGUCAACCUCAUGGGAAAAAAACAAAAAAUGUAUUGGUUGUUGUCCUUUUUUGAGAAUAAUUCAGCCCAGUUCUACCAGAGUGCUGUGAACAAGGCCCUACAGAGUUCAAAUGGACACCUGGACUUGUUCCUCCGCUUCCUCCUGGGUCUUUCACUGCAGACCAAUCAGAAUCUCCUACGAGGUCUGUUGACACAGACAGGAAGUAGCUCACACACAAACCAGAAAACAGUCCAGUACAUCAAGGAGAAGAUCAGUGAGGAUCUAUCUGCAGAGAAAAGCAUCAACCUGUUCCACUGUCUGAAUGAACUGAAUGAUGGUUCUCUAGUGGAGGAGAUCCAACAGUUCCUGAGUUCAGGACGUCUCUCCACAGAUGAACUGUCUCCUGCUCAGUGGUCAGCUCUGGUCUUCAUCUUACUGUCAUCAGAGGAAGUACUAGAGGUGUUUGACCUGAAGAAAUACUCUGCUUCAGAGGAGGCUCUUUUGAGGCUGCUGCCAGUGAUCAAAGCCUCCAACAAAGCUAUACUGAGUGACUGUGACCUGUCAGAGAGAAGCUGUGCAGCUCUGUCCUCAGUUCUCAGCUCUAAGUCCUCCAGGCUUAGAGAUUUGGACCUUAGUGACAACAAAUGGCAAGAUUCAGGAAUUAAGCUUCUGUCUGCUGGCCUGGGGAGUCCAUAUUGUGAACUGGAGACUCUCAGGAUGAAGAACUGCAGUUUAUCAAAAAUCAGCUGUGAAAAUCUGGGCUCAGUACUGACGUCCAACCCGUCUAAUCUGAUAUAUCUGGAUCUGAGUGAGAACAACCUCCAGGAUUCAGGAUUUCUUCAUCUGCGUGUUUUUUUGGAGAGUCCAGACUGCAGACUGCAGACUCUGAGGUUGGAGAAAUGCAGUUUGUCAGAGAUCAGCUGUGAAGUUCUUGGAUCAGUACUGAGGUCCAACCCGUCUAACCUAAUGGAAAUAGACCUGAGUGAAAACAACCUGCUGGAUUCUGGAUUUCUUCAUCUGCGUGAUUUUCUGAACAGUCCAGAAAGGAAACUGAGGAUUCUGAGGUUAAAGAACUGCAGUUUGUCAAAGAUCAGCUGUAAAGCUCUGGGCACAGCUCUGAAGUCCAACUCAUAUAAUCUGACAGAACUGGACCUGAGCCAGAACAACCUCCUGGAUUCAGGAUUUCUUCAUCUGCGUGGUUUUCUGGAGAGUUCAAACUGUAGACUGCAGACUCUGAGGUUGAAGAAUUGCAGUUUGUCAGAGAUCAGCUGGGAAAAUCUGGGCUCAGCACUGAAGUCCAACCCGUCCAAUCUGACAGAUCUGGAUCUGAGCGGGAACAACCUCCAGGAUUCAGGAUUUCUUCAUCUGCGUGGUUUUCUGGAGAGUCCAGACUGCAGACUGCAAACUCUGAGGUUGGAGAAGUGCAGUUUCUCAGGGAUCAGCUGUGAAGUUCUAGGAUCAGCUCUGACAUCCAACCCGUACAAUCUGAAAGAACUGGACCUGAGCAUGAACAACCUGACAGAUUCAGGAUUCAACCAUCUGCGUGGUUUUCUCGAGAGUCCACACUGCAGACUGCAGACUCUGAGGUUGAAGAAAUGCAGUUUGUUAGAGAUCAGCUGUGAUGCUCUGGGCUCAGCUCUGAAGAGCAACCCGUCCAAUCUGAGGGAUUUGGACCUGAGUGGGAACAACCUGCAGGAUUCAGGAUUUCUUCAUCUGCGUGGUUUUCUGGAGAUUCCAGACUGCAGACUGCAGACUCUGAGGUUGGAGAAAUGUAGCUUGUCAGAGAUGAGCUGUGAAGUUCUUGGAUCAGCACUGAAGUCCAACCCAUCUAAUCUGAAAGAACUGGACCUGAGUGAGAAUGACCUGCAGGGUUUAGGUUUUGGUCAAUUGUGUGGUUUUCUGGGGAAUCCAAACUGCAGACUGCAGACUCUGAGGUUGAAGAACUGCCAAUUAUCAGAAAGCAGCUGUGAAGCUCUGGGCUCAGCUCUUAUAUCCAACCCAUCCAAUCUGACUGAACUGGGAUUGAGCAAUAACUUUCUAUGGGAUUCAGGAUUUCAUCAUCUGUGUAGUUUUCUGGAGAGUCCCAGUUGCAUACUGCAGACUCUGAGGUUAAACAGAUGCAGUUUAUCAAAGAUCAGCGGGGAAGUUCUAGGAUCAGCUCUGAAGUCCAACCCAUCCAAUCUGAGAGAACUGGACCUGAGUGAGAACAACCUGCAAGAUGCAGGUUUUGGUCAAUUGCGUGGUUUUCUGGAGAGUCCAAACUGCAGACUACACACUUUGAGGUUGGAGAACUGCAGUUUGACAGAGAUCAGCUGUGAAGUUCUAGGAUCAGCUCUGCAGUCCAACCCAUCCAAUCUGAUAGAACUGGACCUGAGCAGGAACAACCUGAAAGAUUCAGUUCUUCCUUUGUGUGGUUUCCUGGAGAGUCCAAACUGUAGACUGCAGACUCUGAGGUUGAAGAACUGCAGUUUGUCAAAGACCAGCUGUGAAAAUCUGGCCUCAUCUUUGAAGUCCAGCCCACACACUCUGACGGAACUGGACCUGAGCAAUAACGAUCUUCAAGAUUUGGGAUUUUACAAUCUGUGUUCUUUUCUAGAGAGUUCAUACAACAGACUAAAAACUCUGAGGUUGAGGGACUGCAGUUUGUCAAAGGACAGCUGUACUGCACUGGUCUCAGUUUUGAAGACCAACACGUCCUACCUGAAAGAAUUGGACCUGAGAGGAAACAACUACCUGCAGGAUUCUGAUGUUCAGCAGCUCCAGGAUCUGGUGAAGGUUCCAUACAUCAAACUGCAGACUCUGAGGUGGAAGUACUGAAGAAUCUAUCCUUUCUGGUGGUCAGCAGAGAAGAUGUGACUGAAUGGUGUUCCUGUAAGGAAUUGGAAGAAAUGAGAAUGAGUGUCAGUGGCAGCAUGAACUGAUCUGAAAUCAGCUUCACUGUCUCUCUCAGCAUCAAGUGUACAGCUAUUGUGCGGCUGCUCCCCUGAUGGACUGAUUGAAAACUCCCUUUUGUCUUCUCAUUCCCAUCUCAGAAGUCAUUUCUCAUGUUUCUUGGACUCCUUCAUGUCUUUGUACCACAGAGUAGACCAGCAUUCUCUGAACAUCCUUCAGCUGGUCCAGAAAGCAGCAGCAUGGCUGCUGACCAAAAAAAAACCACACUACAAAAUUUUUGGGCUCGUGAUUCUCCAUCUUUGUGCAGCUUUCGUCUCUGUUCUUCAUGUUUGAUCUUUACCAGACCUUUCAGAACCACACACACAGUGGACAGAGGUCAUCUAAUCAAAGGCUGCUGCUAGUAUCCCAGAACCAACAGGUCAUUUUCUCUAGAAGCCACAAAGUCUGAAAUACUGUAGAACUGGAAUUUCAGUGAGACCUUAAAAGUUCAAAGGGCAUUCAUUCUUUUUUAUUUAAAACAGCAGAUUAUCAUUUUGUGUAAUAGUUUUCUAUUUUUUUCUGUUGCUGAGAAAUUUUUAAAAUGUAUUGAGUUUAGUAUUUUUCAAAAUGCUGUUCUGAUUUUGUUGAUCUACUAAUAUUUCUUUAUUUUUGUUUCACUUUUUAAAUCAUGAUUUUCUUUUUCAGCCCUUUUAAAACUUUGAAGAAGUCUUUCCAGCAUCAUGGAGCUGACAUCCUCCCAGUGCUAUUUGUAGAAGCGCUGAGCAGAAUGAGGAAGGAAACCUUUUCUUCUAAAUGUGAAGAAACAGAUGUUUGUCUGAGUGCCUGAAGAAAAAAGGCACUCUGACAAAGAGACAAUAAAAAAUAUAGCUAAAAAGAAAUUAUCAGUCACAGGGAACUCAGACAAAACGUAAAUAAUAAUGGUUUUUUUUUUUUGCUUGUUAAAUUUUCCAAAACAUCAUGUUCUUUUAUUCAUCAUGAAAUACUAUCUCUAUUUGUAUAUACGUUUUUUAUGUUAUCCCUGUUAUAUUUUUUAUACAUUUUUCUUCUAUUACCUUGUGUGAGUAUUCUGACUACACUAUUCAAUGAUCUGACCAAUGAUCUGUCAUUGGUCGAAACAGGGUCUGGUGAUGUGCAGAAGGACACUCUCCAGUUCCCCCUAUGAAGAGCUCUGUGUCAGAAAGCAGCCUAUAGAUGCAGGCUGCCAAACACAGGACUCUCACCUAGGGGGCCCUUUUUCCGGCACAACAUCAGCCCUCACCAACUUUGGUCCACUUCUGCUUUGAAGCUCUCCCUGUUGAAUAAAAUGCAGCUUGGAGCUGGUGGUGGUUUUUGGCUCAUUGGGGGAUUUUUUCAAGUUUAAUACUUUUUAUAUGACAAUUUUUAUCUGUGAAAUAAUGCCAUAACACAUGAGUAUAGUUGUAUAUAAUUUCUAAGUAAUAAUUGUUAAAAAAAAAAAAAAAAAAGCAUGAGUAGUAUUUGCUGAAUGAUCACACUUACAAUGUGCUAUUUUUAACAAGUGGUGCCAUUUGUCUUAAAAUUUAAAUCAACUUGUUACUGUAACAAUCCAAAAAAUCAAACUCUGCACUUGUUCUAAGUCUUUUCAAUCUGCUGCAGCCAGAGACUGGAAUGACUUACAAAAAACCUUUAAGAUUGGACACUUAUUUAAUAAGCAGAUUUUAAAGCCAAUCCUAAUUAACAUUUUAAAGGGUAACCAAACCCUAAGUUGACUUGUUUUGUUUGUGGAUCUCUUUAAAUGAGACUUUAAAAGUGCUGUCUGUUGGUCCUUGCCAUAUUUUGGACACAUUAAAA